AGUUAACAAAAUUCAAGAUUAUAAAUCAAAAAAUAAUUUUAGAUCAAACAACAGUAGUACUGAUAUGAUAUAUGGUAAUGAAACAAAUAAGGAAAUUUAUAUAAAUAGCGAUAUAAGUAAUGAUGUUGAAUCGGAAUUUUAUAGUGAUGAUGAUAUUUCUAUCAAUUCAGAUAAAUCUGAUUUAAAUAUAAUGAUAACAGAUGAACACAAGAAAAUUGGAGAAAUAAAGCAGACCAACCUAUCAAAAUUAAAAAAAAAAAUAAUAAAUUCCAAACGAUUAUCAAAAUAUACAAGUCCAUGUUCAGAUAUUCGUCGUGUACUAAACACUUCAGGAUUACGAUCAACUUCAUUAUCAGUGAUAUUAAACGGAAAUCUUUUACCCGCUGUUAAAGUAAAUAAAGAAAAAAUUCUGAUAUUUAACACGUGUGCUUUUGAUUCGCUUUUAGUAGCAAAAACAAUUAUGCAAAGAUGUAGCUCUUCAUGGAUCAACAAGCAUUACUUAUCAACAACGAGGUAAUUUGCUGCUAGAAAGUGGAUUUUUUAAAAAGUCACCAGUAGAAUCCGGAACCUCAAUGUUGGACGCAAAUAUCAAUAUUAUAUCUUUAAGUAACAAGCUUCUUUCUGAUAUACCUAGCAGUAUACAAACAUUGGAAUGUACCAUUUGUAAUACAAAAACCGUAUUUCAUGAUGCAACAAUAAUACUCAACGAAUUGUUCAAUAGUAGUGGACACUUAGAAGAUAUAAAUAAAUAUUUAAAUAAAUAUAUUACGGAAAAAAAAGAAAAAUGGUGUCCAAACAGCAAAAAAAUAAGUAGAAAUUCCAUAUGAGUGUUGCAGGAACAUAUUUUAUUGGAAACAGACGUAUUUAAAUGUAAUACGAUAAAUGAAAAUAAAAUCUUAGUCAAUGAUAUAACAUCAAAGUUGUUUAUUGGAAAAGAAAAGUUUUCACUACAGUCAACAAUUUCAUACAUUGGAGAUUCAGAUGUAAAAAACAUGGGCCACUACGUAACACACUGCAAACGUGUCAAAGGUUAUUGGGAAAUACAUAAUAACUUGGUAAAAAAAA